GACGAUAUGUUUAGCAGGAUUUUUAUCGAUUGUGAAAAGCUUUUUCAUAAACUGUGCUUAUUGAUCCUUUGCCAUUCGUGAGAGAUUCAAGUUUUCCACAGUGUCGAAAGAAACCCAUUUGCCCCGUUCAAUCAAAUACUUUGUCUUUCGUUAAUACAGUGGAAUAGUAAAACCCAUAAGAUAGAGCUUACAAUUCAUGUUUGAAGAUUUUUAUUAAUGAGAAACGAACUUAGUGAUGAAUUUAGCUUUCCAAAUGAAAUUUAUCUAAAUAUGUUAUGUCAUUGUUUAAGACUAUCGGAAGAAGUAUAAUGACAAUUACAUCAGCUAUGAAAGUGAUUGGAGUGGUGUGAAAAAAUGGAAAUCAGGUUGUAAUAAACUGAAGUGACUUAAAAUUCCAACGUGUUCAACAAACAGCGUUACUCCUAGUAGUCGAUAAAGCGAAUAUUCAGUGACAAGCACAUUUUAAACUACGUUAGACAAAAUGCAGCAGUUUUCGAACAAUGAAUAUGGGGGGAAUGAAUAUGGAAAUUAUGAGCAACAGCAGCAAUUCCCUACGCAGUCAGCCGGUGGAGCCAGACCAAUGGUUGACCCUGAGGCGAUGGGAGAAGUUGAUCCUUCACUCUAUCCUCAAGCGAAGGAGUCAACGCAUAAAAUUCGCGGAAAGUCGGACAUUCUGGAAAUGCUGUGCGGUUCAGUAGAUCAAGAGCUACUACCAGUGAAAACGUUCUACUUCUUCUUCUAUGCCGCUUUCGGAUCAUUGUUUCCACUGAUGGGAGUGUACUUCAAGCAAAUGGGCAUGAAUCCCGGACAAUGCGGUCUGCUGAUUGGAACCAGACCGUUUGUUGAAUUUUUAUCCGCACCAUUUUGGGGCAGCUAUGCUGAUCGAUGCAAAAAAGGAAAGAUGUUGCUAUUAGCUUCUCUAUCUGCAUGGAUACUUUUUACGCUACCACUUGGUUUCAUCCAACCCCCCGCGACUAGCUGCAUCGAAAGAAAGAAUGCUACUGAUUUUGAACUACGAACACCGCAGGUUCCCCGAAUACUAAAACGCUCUAUUGACGAGAACAUGCUUGAGGAUCUAACAUUUGGAAAGUACACGGAGCCGGAAACACAUUUCGCUAGAGUCGAACGCGCGGCUCGACCAUUUGCUGCAGCUGGUCAAUCUCCCCUAGGAGUUAGUUACGCCAAUAAUUUCAAUGAACGUUUACAUAGUGAUUGGGUGUCUCCACUUUUUUCAUCUAUUGUGUAUAGAACUGCGGAUAUUCAAAAAGCUUUCUUUUUACUGCUGCUUCUCGUUGUGAUUGGAGAAUUUUUCAGCGCUCCCGCGAUAACUUUGGCUGAUUCAGCGGUCAUCACCAUUCUCGGCGAAGACGCUGAUCGCUAUGGUCACCAACGUAUGUUUGGAUCUCUUGGUUGGGGCUUGGCAAUGUUUUUCGUUGGAAUAGCCCUAGAUCAUUCGACGGCGUUUCCGGACCAUCCAUGUGGGCCAGAAAAACAAGAAAAAAAUUAUUCUAUUUGUUUCGCAACAUUCUCUGUAUUGAUGGGUGCCGCCCUUAUUUCAGCAACCCAAAUAACGUUCAAAUAUGACUAUUCGGAACCCCCGGAGCCUCAGGUCAUAAAGAUUGCUCAGGAACCAACACAUGAAGAAAGAAUGCAGAACCAGCUGGCGGAACAGCUACAGCUUCCUGCGCUAGCUGCUAGCGGUGGAGGUAUGGCAAGUGCUGCUCCUCCCCCACAGGCGUUGGGUGCACAAACUAAGAUUUUCGCGCAAACCACCCGUGAAAUGCCGGAAUGGGUUACGGUGCUGAAGCAGUUUAAGGAUUUAAAAUGUGCAUCUUUCCUGUUCGUGGCUUGGUUUAUGGGAUUCGGUAUUGGACUGAUUUUCACAUUUCUUUUUUGGCAUCUGCAAGAUUACGGGGGAUCUCCAACUUUAUUCGGCGUCGCUUCGGUCAUCAAUCAUAUUUCGGAAAUUUUUGCCUACUUUUUCAGUUUCCGCUUGAUUACCCAGAUCGGGCACGUUAAGGUGCUCUGUCUUGGUCUUGUAGGAAAUAUAAUACGGUUCCUGUAUAUUUCGUAUCUAAAAAAUCCAUGGUGGGUCCUUCCAUUCGAGUUCAUGCAAGGAAUAACACACGCUGCCGUUUGGGCUGCUUGUUGCUCAUAUAUUGCCCAUAAUACGCCACAGCAUUUACGAUCAUCGGCUCAGGGCGUUCUUCAAGGGCUACAUCAUGGUCUUGGUCGAGGAUGUGGUGCUGUGAUUGGUGGCAUGUUCGUAAAUUACUUCGGGACCACCGCAACGUUCCGAGGCUAUGGUGUGAUUUGCAUAUUGGUACUAGCAGGAUUCGUGUUUAUCAAUUUUUACCGAAAAGAACAGGGCUUCAUAUCUGAAAUACCUGCUACAGAAGAUCCACAUCAGGUUGCGGAAGAAACGGCACAUCUGGCCCCUCAUGGCGUUCCAAGCAAUCCUAUUCCAAGAGCUCUAUCCAGUACUCGGCUUAAUGAAAUCGGGAAUCAAAACGCCGACAACGGAUAUGGCACUUAUCAAACUACAGGAGGAGCUCUUGAUGUUCCUGGGGGAGUACCACAUAACCCUUUCGCUGCUCCUCAAAAUAAUAGCUUCGGUGGUAAUCAAUACUAACUUUAAUCUGUUAUUCAGGUCGCGUGUAGGUUAGGUUCACGUGUUAUACGUCACUCCAGAAAUAAAUAAAAAAAAACAUAUAUACAUUGAAAGCAUAAAAACUAGAAAAAGAACGUCACAUCUUUUCCAAUCCAAAUACAAUUAUGAUCCUAAUUUUGUAAUUGCUACAAGAAAAUUUAUUUAAUUUUACGCUUAUAACGAUAACAGGCUAGUGAAGUUCAUUAGAAACAAAUAUUGUUUUUUUGUAGAAGUUGAAUUGUUUUUAAUAUCCAAGAGCGUUAUUAUUUAUAAAUCAAAGUUUAAGUAAUUAUUAUCACUUCUUCUAGUUUUAGCAAUUGGCAAGAUAAUUGAUUAAAAUUGAGUUUAUAUAGUAAUGCAGAUGAAAAAUAGAUCUAAUAUUCUAGUGGAAAUGUUACCAUCUUUCAAAACGAUAAUGUAUUCCCGUUUGCUAAACUAAAUUGCAAGUAAUGUCCGGUGUUAUUAAUUUUAAAUAAUGUAUUAUUUCAAUUACCUCACAGCAAAAAAAUUAUGCUAACGAGCAACCACCUUAAAUUCCAUGAAAUGGUCAUUUUAAUCUGUAUAUGCACGAAUCAUUCAGCAUUACAUGCACAACGAAUUUUCUCGUCCACUUGAAUGUCAAAUUCAAGAAUUCAUUUAAAAUACCUUUCCAUACCAACGUGACUUUGCAGUUGCAUCAACAAUUGUUUUAACGCAAUGCCAAUGAAAGCUUUAUUAAAAAUCAUGUCGCAUAUCAGUUUUCAACUACAAAAUUAGAAAUAAGAACACUAAAAUAUUUAAACCGAAUAAUAGAAUGUAAUAUUUACUGUAUUUACAAACGUUUCUCAUUGUCCUUGAAAACUGGUUACAAAUGAAAACAAAUUUCCAGUCACUACCACCUUGUUAAACUAUGCGCUAAAAAACUAAUGCAAUGUAAUGCAAAACAAUCACACACAUUUCGCAAAUUCAAAAUUGUUUAAAUAGCGUUAAAAUUUGUUACAACGCAGCUGUUUUCAAACAUUCCAAGAUAAUAAUUUAUUAUGGUUUCGAAAAUGCAAAUACCAGGGAGUGCAUAGUUGCAUGCAUGUGUCAUUAUACAUACCUAUAUAUAUAUAUAUAUAUUUAUUUAAUUUAUUGCAUUUGUACUUGACUGAAAAAACGAAAACAGAGAUUCAAAGUAACAUAAAUUAGGUGUAGGUAAUAGAAAUUCAAACCUGAUAUGUUAAAACUCAACUAAAAGUAUUGAUGUUAAAAUAAAAACAAUCGGGGCGUAAAUUAUAACAAAACAAUGGAUAAAAAUAACAUUGUAACUAGAAUGUACAGCACUGGUAAUAAAUAUAGUAAUAUAUAUAGUUUACGACUAUAUAGAAAAGCACCUUUAAUAUGUAAUAGCCUACAAUAAAGAUAUCAACCGUUACACUAGUAAAUGCGAAAAAAUCUAACAUUUGGAAUUAACCUACUUCGAACCUUUAUGGUGAAAAUAAUUAAUAUUAGCUACCAUCAUCUUCAAA